GUGUUUUGGGGUCUUUGUGCGAUUAUUUUGGUGAUAUUUUGCUUUUUCUGUGGUGAUGAUGAAGCUAAAAGUCUGCGCAGGUAGACUGAUGAUGUUUGGGAAGUGACGGAGAGGAGGAGAGGGAGAGAAGUCACACCUCCCUCUCUGCUGUGAUCCACGGAUGGGAGAAGGAGGAGGAGCGUCACAACGCCGCCUGAAGGACGCAGAGCUGCGGCUCGGAACCGGGCUGAGGAACCUAAUCCAGUCGGUACCGGUCCAGGGUGGAGAUCUAACAACCCGGAUGUGAAGAGACAGCGUCUUGUAGUCCUACGUGAGGUAUUAGAGACCGUCACAGCUACGUAUUUUCAUAUGAUGUAGCCGAGACGCACUGGCUGGACUGGCGGUGAAGAGAGGUCGCUGACGGACUGUGCGUAAUGCUGAGUGGACAGCAGUAUUUCUCGCUGUAUUUUCCAGCCUAGACGGGCUAUUGACAGGAGAUUCGCACUUCUUCUGCAGUGCAGCUCGUCAUCACAACCAGAUGCUCCCCGCCGGACUGGACCCGUUCAGUUUCAUGCCGUCCAAGCCGACCGGAGCCUGAGCCGAAGGAUGCAGGUUAAAAACCAGAUCUGCACCGAGCGGAGCAGCACCACCGACGACCCGGAGCAGGAUGACAACCAGAAGAAGACCUCGUGUUUCUCCAACAUUAAGAUCUUCCUGGUAUCGGAAUGUGCGCUCAUGCUGGCUCAGGGCACCGUGGGAGCCUAUCUGGUGAGUGUCCUGACCACUCUGGAGAGACGCUUCAACCUCCAGAGUGCUGAUGUGGGCGUCAUCGCCAGCAGCUUUGAAAUCGGCAACCUGGCCCUCAUCCUGUUUGUCAGCUACUUUGGCGCCAAGGCCCACAGGCCCCGCCUUAUUGGCUGUGGAGGUAUUGUCAUGGCAUUGGGGGCACUGCUGUCAGCCCUGCCGGAGUUCCUGACUCAUCAGUACGAGUAUGAGGCUGGGGACUCGUGGCACGCCGAGGACGGCAGAGAUGUCUGCUCAAACAUCUCCAGGUCAGAGAACAGAGACUCUGGGUUUAAAUGUGGCAACAGAGCCAACACCAACAUGAUGUACCUUCUGCUGAUCGGGGCCCAGGUUCUGCUGGGCAUUGGAGCCACGCCGGUCCAGCCUCUAGGAGUGUCCUACAUUGACGACCAUGUGCAUCGGAAGGACUCCUCGCUGUAUAUAGGAAUUUUAUUUUCCACAUUAGUGUUUGGCCCGGCCUGUGGCUUCAUCUUAGGUUCUGUCUGUACCAAAGUCUACGUUGAUGCCGUCUUCAUCGACACCAGUAAGCUGGAUAUCACCCCGGAUGAUCCUCGCUGGAUCGGGGCGUGGUGGGGCGGCUUCCUCCUCUGUGGUGCCUUACUCUUCCUGUCGGCCCUCUUCAUGUUUGGGUUCCCUCAGGCACUGGACGAGCAGGACAUAGACAGGGGAGGGGAGAGCGAGCAGGCCAUGCUGCCCUCUUCCCUGUCCAUGGAGUACCCGGGUUCCAAACCCAACGGGGCCAUCCAUGGCUUUGACCUAAACAGCGGACUCUCAGUGUGUGAGCAUCUGAGAGUAAUCCCGCGGGUAACCAGGCACCUUCUCUCCAACCCGGUGUUCAGCUGCAUCACGCUGGCAGCCUGCAUGGAGAUCGCUGUGGUGGCUGGCUUUGCUGCCUUUCUGGGAAAAUACCUGGAGCAGCAGUUUAACCUCACCACCUCUUCAGCCAAUCAGCUGUUAGGAAUGACAGCGAUCCCCUGUGCCUGUCUGGGGAUUUUCCUCGGGGGUCUUCUGGUGAAGAAGCUGAACCUGUCAGCUCUGGGAGCUGUCCGCAUGGCCAUGCUGGUCAACCUGGUGUCCACCGCCUGCUACGUCUCCUUUCUCUUCUUGGGCUGUGACACCGGGCCUGUCGCAGGGGUGACUGUCGCCUACGGCAAUGAGACGUUGCAGUCCUGGCAGCGGCCUGAGUCGGCGUGCAUCAAUAACUGUAACUGCUACACAGCAUCAGUGAGCCCCGUCUGUGGUUCCAAUGGAGUCACCUACCUCUCUGCCUGCUUCGCUGGCUGCACCAAACCAAACCUGACUAGCUGUGCGUGUAUAUCCAGCACCAUCGAAGAUGCCGUGGCUUUGCCGGGAAAGUGUCCGAGUCCAGGCUGUCAGCAGGCCUUCCUCACCUUCCUCUGUGUGAUCUGUGUGUGCAGUAUGAUUGGAGCCAUGGCCCAGACACCCUCCGUCAUCAUCCUCAUCAGAACUGUGAGUCCAGAACUAAAAUCCUACGCUCUUGGAGUCCUGUUUCUGCUCCUCAGACUAAUAGGCUUCAUCCCCCCUCCUCUGAUUUUCGGGAUGGGCAUUGACUCCACCUGUCUGUUCUGGAGCACCGUGUGUGGAGAGAAGGGUGCCUGCAUGCUGUACGACAACGUGGCCUACAGGCACCUGUAUGUCAGCAUCGCAAUCGUCCUCAAGUCGUCCGCCUUCCUCCUGUACGCCACCACAUGGCAGUGUUUGAGGAAGAACUACAGGAAGUACAUCAAGAACAGCGAGGGGUAUCUAACGCCUACUGAACUCUUUGCCUCUAAUGUGACUCUGGACAAUCUGGGCAAAGAGAUCACGCAGAACCCAGCCAACAGGACAAAAUUCAUUUAUAACCUGGAGGACCACGAGAUGUGCGACAACAUGGAGUCUGUUUUAUAGUGGAGGCUGCAGACUGGAGCCGAGGCUGUCAGUGAGAAACUGACCUGGUUUGUGUCUCUGGUGUCAGUGAGGAGAAUGUUCUAGUGAGGGUUUUAUCAUUUUUCUCACCUAAAACAUCUGAACAAACCAAGAAACGUUAGCCAAAACGUUUCUAUAUCAAUACUGCACUUUUUUCUUUUACCAAAAUGCAGGUACUCAUCCUUAUUUGUCAGAUCGAAUCAAAAACUAAAAUAGAAACCUGCCUUUGACACCAGGAUAGAGACUGACAGCAAACAGGAGGAAAAAUAAGAUAUGACAUACAACACAAUAUGAAAAACACACUUAAACACAGGAUGGGCAUCAUAGUGAACCUAGAAUGACCUGCUAUCAACACGGUUUAGAUAUACAAGAUGACAAGAGUUACUGAGAAAAAAAGAAAGUUUAGUUCUCCAUCUUCAUAAUCAGAGAGUUAUUUUCCUUCUGAGAGAUGUCUGUCUCUGGUUCAGAUAUCAGAUAGAAAGGGUGGCUCAUAUCAGUGUCCACCGUCAGACUUUAAGCUCAUUUAUGCUCAAUAUUUGAUAUAAAUAUGGGCACUGACAGCCUUCUGCCCGUAUGCUGGCUUCAUUCUCUGGGAAGUGAUAAUGCUGCAGUUCCUCAAGUUUCCACUUGAGGCAGAAUGCAAAAGCACCAGGGGUCACUACACACGCCAUGUUAAAAUGCUGAUUUUACAUCAGAAAUAAAAACGUUUACAACCUGGUUCAAAAACAGGAUUUUGGCUGAUAUAAUCAAAACAUCUAUUGGCACAGUAAGCCCACCUCUUUGUCUGUUUCUACACUAAUCUAGAGUUAGUAUGAGACGGUGUUCAGACUCAAAAGCCUAAAUCAGUAGCCAAAAGACUGACACCACUGAGGCAUCAGCCAACAUUUCUGCAGUCUUUUGUAUUUGUGCAUGUUGUCUGGAAGCUUAUGGGUACAGAUCAAAAAUUGCAAUACCACCGGUAAUCUUGGGGGCAGUGCUGAGUAGCAUAACCAACCAACAGUUCAAGUCAAAGCAGCAAAACACCAUGAAGAAGACAUUGGAAAAUAAUUUAACUUUUUGAGGAAAUUUGACAGAUAUUGUAAAGGUCGCUAAAAACUAUAAACAUCAUGUUAGCUCAACUGAACACAGGGACAUGCAGCUACAACAGAAUAGCUGGGCUUAGAUCAGAUGAAGCUGAAGCAAGGGAAAAAUGGAGGUCUGUGCGGGACUGCCACCUCUUGCUGAGUAAUUUGUCAACGUCUGUGCUAAUAAAAUAGAUGCACAUGAGCAGAGGUGGAAAGUAACUUAUUACAUUUACUCAAGUUACUGCAAUUGAGUAGCAUUUUUGGGUACAUUUUGAAAUUAAUACUUUUACUUCACUAGGUUUUCACCAGAUUAACUGCACUUUUCAUCGAAUACAAUACUUUUUUAUUUUGUUCACCUCUGUUGACUAGACAGUAGCACCCAGAGAGAGAAUGAUUCCACGUCAUAUCCAAAACAGCUGUUGCAUUUCACUUUGUUAUAAAGGUGCGAAUUUACCUGAACAAUAGUUGGAGAUUUAUAUUUUUUCUGGGUAAGGAAAGAUCAUAUUUUACUUAACAACUCCUCAGUAGCAUUUGAUACUUUUUACUUUUGCUGGAGUAAAUUUAUAGACCAGAACUUUACUUUAUAUUAAGUCAAUUUUAACCAAAUUAACGGUGCCCUUUGUAGUUUUAGCCGACAAACUUAACCCAGGUAGGUGACAUAAAUUUCCAUCAGGUUCAAUGAAGUAAUUAGACCUUGUUUUAAGAAAAACAUGGUUUAUUCACAAUCUCUGUCAACAAGACUACAUUAACCAUAGUUUUAGAGUGUCACAGCACUGUCACUGAUUAGUUGAUUUCCCCUCAGCCUGUGUGUUGUAGUGGAUAUUUGUCAACAAAAAAAAAGUUUCAACAAAAGGGACAAACUUUAACAAACGGCCACAAUACACCGUUCCAGUUGGGUUGUACCCAGGCAAUAAGAAAGUUCAUUUCCACUUAGGAUUCAAUGUUUUUGUCAUUUACUCAGCUCAAACAGAAUUAACAAACAUUUCAUGCCACCUCUCAUUCUCCUGGUAAAAAAAACAUGAUCCCCUUCCUGGUGCAUGAACCCCAAUGACACACCUACUAUAUAUGGGAAUAUGGGAAUAUGGGAAUCCUGUCAGAUCACUGACUGGCACAGUGCCUAUUGAAUUUAAAUACUUUGUUAAAAUGUCAAGAUUUGGGAUCUAACUGAUUAAUAGUACUACUACUAAAUCUCCAUGUUUUUAUCUGAGAAAAGUUCAGAGGGUCUACUCUUUUAGCAACUUUAGCUUAAGAUGAGACCUUUCCAUCUAGUUUAAGCCCUUUAUGUACAAAAAUAGAUCAAUGCAUUUUUAAACAACACAACUGUCACUGCCCACACACGGCUGGGCACAUCCAUUACAAUGGGAUAAAUGUUAAAAAAUUAAUCCACCUGCAGUUACUGCCUCACACAGACUGUCUCUGUUGCUCCUCUGUCCAGCUGUUCCCUUGUAGUCGUCUCUAAGGCAAAGCGAGCUAACAUCUUAUAAAUGUUUUAAGUUUCUAACACAAAAUUCUGCCAUAUUUUCUCAGAUAGUUCCACCUUUGUUCUUAUUGGUUGGAGCUCGGGUUUGAACUGUUGGCUAUUUUGCUCAACACUGCCCCCGUCAUCAGCAGUGGUAUUGCAGUGUUUGGGUCAUAUCCUUAAGCUGAAGAGGACAUGCAGAAAUAUGGAUGAGAAGAACACAAAGUAUGGGCAGAAAGCUCCGUUUAUCUGUAUGCACUUCAGACAGAGCAUAAAUGAGCUGUUAGUGUGUUCAGAGACAAUUCAACACAAGGAAUGAUACUGAAUCAAAGACAACAUUUAAGAUACAUUGGUCACCUGAAGUUCAAAUGUAUUUAUGGGGUGAUAUUUUGGUUAUUUUGGAAGGUACACUCUGUCGGUGAAAUUGAACCUUACAACUUCCCUGCUGGGUAACCAAACAAUGACACAACUUAAGAUAAAUCCUAAUGAAUUUCAACCAACCAUUCAGUGUGAAAUUAACACAGAACAAAGCUUGUGCUCCAGCCUUAUUUCCUUGCUGCAGUGUUAAGCUUACAGAGCAUUAAAGAAUCAGAUUAUGAUAAACAGUAAUGGAAAAUAUUGACAACUUAACUCAAGGGCAAACCAAGUAGUUGCACUUUUGUAAUCUUACCCGUGAUGACCCAAACAUAGACAUAGUCAGGAGUGAGGUCACAAAGAUUAAGGACCUACUUUAGAAAACAAAUCAAAAUGACAACUUUAUUGGGUGAUAUUUAAAAAAAAAAAAACAGAAAUGAAAUUUAAAUUUAAUCCAUUUUUGCAUAAAUAACUGAGAUUUCAUAUAAAGGAUUUCUUUAUUAAAAGCGUUUAUGGAGAUUUAAAGAAGGUAGAGGUGUGUUGAGCAGCUGUGUUUGAAAUAUCCCUUUACUGUGUCAGAGAGAUGAGCUUUGCUGUGAAUGCUGGAUGUUUUUCUGGGAAUAUUUUCAGUUCCAGAGCCACAGAACUGUUAUUUUUCUUUAUUUUAACACCAUUUUCUUGUUGCCUUUUCUCUUUGAAGUUUAUAGAAAUUAGGUGCAGUUUUAAAUUUUUUUUAAAUACCAAAACAGAUUAUGAUAGAAAAGAAAAGGAACUAGGAUGCCCACCUUUAAAUAUUUGGACAUAUUCACAUGGACUGACUCGGUAACUUGUGACAUCAGUUACACGACUUUCUCUGAUUGGAUGGCACCAAAACUGCAAUUAGGCCAGAAACACUUGUGUCUAAGAGAGACAUAAAGCUUUAGAUGCUGAUGUUACUCCACUCUUGGGGAUGCUUCCUGCAGCAGCAAUGCAUGGAAACGUAGCAACAUGAUAAAUAAGCAAGCAGGGGACACUCAAACAGAACUCUCCAGGGUACAUGUAUGUGUGUGGAGGGGCCACAGCAGGUGGAGGCUGUGGUGGAGGAGGAGGCCUUCACUCAUAGAUUCAGUUACAGCGGACUGAGAGUGUGAAGGCAUGUGGGUAAAAUGCCAAAAUGAGGUGACGAGACAUGACAACGGUGGGCUAGCUGUCAGCAGACACAGCUUAGCAUGACUCACAGUGUCCAGCCAGAAUUAGUUCCUUUAAAAGCAUGCUGGGAAUGCAUGCAUUAAUAACAAAGAAAUACUCAGUACGUCACUGAGCUGCACCGACUCUGUGGUCAAUGUUAAAUACAAAUUUAACUCAAAUCUACAACCAUGGAAGAGCUUUAUAAUGCAUACUGCAUUGUGAUGUUGAGAAUUUUGAACAAACCUGAGCUGACUCAUAAUCACUCACACUGCAGUGGUUGUCUCACUAAUUCUUCUCUUUUUUCUAAAUAAUAUUUAUCUUUUAAUUCUAAAGAAGUCUAUGGGAUUCAGAUUUCUGUCAUAUUCCUUUGAGAGAGAUUAUAUUGUUUUUUUCUGGCUUACUUUGUAAGUAUUUAAUAUGUUUUGCAUCAAAAAUAUGGCCAUUUUUGUGGCCACUCACCAUGCUAAGAGAAUUAAUUUCUUAAAUAAGUUUUCCUUUCUGGUGUUUUGGGAUUGACUGGCAAAAGCAACUAUGAGGCUAAUGAACCCCUUUACUUACAUGUCGGGAGUUAAACAAGGAGGUUGAUACCAAAGGCAUGAGGGUACAAUAUUGAUUUUUGAUUCAAUGAUUAUCUUAGCUUAGUUUGGCAAGCAUAAAGAGAAGAAAUAGAGGAAACAGAAGGCCUGGUUCUCUCCAAAAAUAAGUAAUCUUAUCAACCAACAGGGAACAAGCUUAAUAAGUAUUGUUCUAGAAAAGUCAUAACAAGAUGUUAUUGAACAGUGAAAGUAUGACUCCACUGCACCAAGCCAAGAGUAGUCCUGCAGUUAAGCCCCUGUCUGAGUAAAAUUUGUCUCUUUUUUUCACUUACCUGUGUUUAUUGUUGCUAGGUUAUGGCAGCUGACUCCUUAUAUUCUCUGAACUAUGGAUGGAUGGUUGGAUGGAUUUAUGGAUGGAUGGAUGGAUGGAUGGAUGGAUGGAUGGAUGGAUGGAUGCCUGCAUGGCUCCAUGGAAAGAUAGAUGGAUGUUUGGAUGGAUGCCUUGAUUGAUGCGUGGAUGUGUUCAUGGAUGUAUGGAUGGAUGGGUGGAUGGUUGGAUGGUUCAAUGCAAGCAUGCAUGCAUGGAUGCCUGGGUGCAUGUAUGCAUAGAUGCAUGGACGAAUGGAUGGAUGGAUGGAUGGAUGCAUGAAUGUGUUUAUUGAUGGAUUGAUGCAUGCAUGGAUGGAUGGUUCCAUGCAUGGAUGUGUGUAUGGAUGUCUGUAUUGAUGCAUGGAGGUAUGGAUGGUUGGAUGGAUUUAUGUAUGUAUGGAUAUAUGGAUGGAAUCCUUUCCUGGAAUUAAAGUUAGCACUAGACCUGGAAAUCAUACUAACAAAAAGACAGGCCAGAAGUGUUUCGCCUCCACCAUUGCUGUUUGAGCUGGUAUCCUAAGUCCCGCCCCUUCAUUGUUUUAAUUGGUCCAUAUGGGAGAAGUGAAAUCAAAAAUCAGGCACUUUUUUUUUAACUAAUAGUGUCAUGGUGUUUUUUUUUUUGUUUUUUUUUGCAAAAAACAUUGGUUUGGUAUGGAAAUUGAGCCCUUAAAAAAGGGGGUCAGAGGGCAUAAAUUGAAGCAUGUUGUAGCUGUUUAUUCAGGACGCUUAAGGCCUGCUAUACCUUGGCCUCUGUGCCUAACAUUAGAUUGACCCAAAGUUUGGUUUAGAGAGCAUUUCCAGCAUGGUCACUCACAUCAGUGGGCUUUAAAAUGCCUUUUGAGAAUCUUAAAGGUGAGGUCACUGAGCCUACAUUGAUGUUUCAUACAGUCUUUGGUGCUGAUAGAUGAACUUCAAAAGAAUUUGAAAGUGGACCAGCUGCUUUUUUUGCUUUUUUUUUUAGCUUCAUAUUUUUAAAAAAGUCUUGGUAUCAACCUUCUGAUUUGAUUCUUUGAAAGAAACAGUUUAGGGUAUUUCCUAAAAUGCUUAUUUAGUUAAAACCUCUUAACAUCCUUUAAGAACCUCCAUGAUUUAGUUAGAUUUAAUGCUGCCACUCAUAUUUAUGAGUACUUUUUUGCCUGUCAAAAGGUAAAAAUGGCUUUGGACCUACUCCAGUUAUAGAUAUAUUUAGUUUAGCUCUCCAUGUAAGUCAUAGUACAAGAUUAAACUUAUACACUGGUGGCUCUUUAGCCAUAUAGAGAAUAAUAUAGAGAAUGAUGGGUAGAGAUGUUGGAAUGGACCUGAAUUUAACAGAGCCAUGCCAAACCACACCAGAAAUGGCUGGUUUGAUGUGAACUAACAGUUUAAAUACAGAUUUUUAGCAUUUUGGUGAGACUUGAAUUUAUAAGAACAGAAUAAUUUUUGGGCACUGACUGAAAUGGUUCCUGGCUCCUAUGCCAACACUCAGAAUGGCUUGAUGUUUUGCCAGGAUGUAAAAACAUUUAAAACAAAGCUUGAACACAGGAAGGAGGGCGAUAACUAACAUUACCAGCUGGCCACCGUCUCCUCCUCGACGUGCACCAACAGGUGGCGCUGUCUUUGAUAACUACACCGUCCAGUGUGUCAUAGUGCUGACUCCUCUGUACAUAAUAGUGCCAUUCAAGUGCCAAAGUGACACCAUAGAAGUGUUCUGUGACGUCCUGCAGAGAUUUUUGUCUCAGCACGCUGGAGCUCAGAGCAGAUCCUCCAGCUGUAUGUAGCCUUUCUGUGAUAUCCCUCAACUUAUUUCACCAUAUCAUACAAAAGUGUCCCAAAAACAUAUUGCCUAUAAAAUACUGUACAUGGGUCUAGAAUACAGAACUAUUUAGGAUGUAAUACUUGUUAAUAUGUAGGACUUUUCUACUAGUGAAGGUAUUGUCUAAUUUAGAAUAAUCUCUCCUUCCAUCAGUGGCAGAGCUGAUAACUGUUGUUGCUUUGGUCCAGAUAAAACAACAUUUUGCUUGAAAUAAGUGGCACCAAUGUUAAGCUACAGCCUGACAUUGUACAGAAGAAAAAAAAAAGAUUGGCUGUUGAAAAAAAGCAGCCAAACUUCACUGAUAGCAGUCCUGCACCUGUGCCUGGAUAUAAAGCUCUGAGACUUGUGCCAUAUCAACCUGUGCACUGUAACAUUCAACACUCGCAAAGAAGAAGCCAACAUAUUCUAGGUCUGUCCCAUGCUUGACCUUGCAUUCACCUGUGGCGACAGGACUGUUUUGCCUUGUGAUGAGAAAAUACCUUUGGAGCAUAAAUGUUUUUUUUUUUUUUAACAUCCUGUUAUUGUCAUUCUUCUCUUUUUGAGGACCUUGCCUUGUGGUAAUAGCAGGUUGACUUUUAUAGCAGAUCUUAAGUGACUGAAAUCUUCACAUAUGAAGAGUUUGCUUCCAAAAUUUAUAGGCAAAAAUCAGCCCUGAGGUUUAUCAUUCAAGAGGCAUUUGGACAUCAAUGGACAGUUAUCCUGUAAAUAGGUCCAUUAUUUGUUUCAUUGUUGUUAAAUAUUUACUAUGGAUAGUCACUUUUUCUAAAUGAUGGCUUUAUUUUGGAAGCAAACUCUCCAUAUGUAGGUAGAUAUUCUCUGGUUAGAGCCUUUAGGCAGCAUGUUGCCUCUGACUAGAGUGAAACCAUGUGCUAACAAUGUUAGUGAGGUUUUAGACUGAUGUGUUUGCUUCUGUUAUGGGUGGUAUUGUUGUUUGAUUUCAUGGCUCUUUGCAGGAGGACCUGUGAACAGAAAAGGGCAUUGAAAUAAGAAAAAAAAUCACCUAUAUUUUCAAAGCAUCACUUAAGAUUUUUAGAUGAGCUCUACUGCUUCUUUUUAUUUAUUUCCUUUUUCUUUAACUUAUAUGACUUUAUAUUGAAAAGCUUUAUGUUCUGUA